CUGUGACAGAUCAAGAUGAAGAUAGAACUGUUGUCACUGGUUUUCCUUUGCUUGGGUGGUAUGCUGGCAGUCAAUGCACGAUCAGUUGACAGCAGUUCUGCAGAUGAUGACCAAAUCCUGGCGCGUCGCUAUGCUGAAUCCACUCUUGCAAGUGAUAUGAGCAAAAUAAUGGACUCCUUGGUGCAGAAGAACUUUGUAAACUAUCUGCUAAAUCAUAGAGAGAAAAGGAGCGAGCCAAGUGUGAUUUUUGAGGAUUCCGAACCAAACUUCUGCAAAGACCUUCUAGAAAAGGAAUUUGCUAAUUGGCUUCACAGCAAAGUUGGUGAAUCCAAGUAGUCUUCCUCUUGACAAAAGGGGUCGCCAUUGGUCAGUAGGACAUGUUGCUGCCAGAGAAAUGGCGAGCAGCAGCAGAAUUAAUGCAGUUCAGUGUGCAGCUCAAGACAAUAAAUGACUUGUCAUGCCUUAUUUAUAAUUGUCUCAUGCAUUAAAGUAUGUAUAAUUUCCGCAAAUUCAAUAAAAGCAUAUUUUGGAA